AUGCCUGUAUUACAACCUCCCAUCCCCCAACCCCCCGCUCCCGCUGCCACGAACUCCCCCUCAUGGAUCCACCCCAAUCUCACGCAAGGGGUAGUGCCCGUCAAGGGCCGGCAACUGCGGGCGAGCAAACCCAUCUGUCAGGGGGAGGUGCUGCUGGUGGAUACGCCCUACGCGGUGAUCCCCGCCGUCGACGACCCCAGCACGACCGAUGCCCUGCUGUGCAGUAACCCGUCGUGCAGUCGGCGCAUGGCCCGCAGUGCGGAGCGCCUCGCGUGUCCCCAGGGCUGCCAGGCGGAUGUGAAGUGGUGCAGCGUCGCGUGUCAGACGGCGGACCACCCACGACAUGACUUCGAGUGUACUUGGCUGCAGCGGUUCGCGGACCCCAUCCGCACGAAAUGGGGUGAGUAUGAGUUCAGCAUGUUGUGGUUGAUUGUGCGCAUCCUGGCGGCGCGCCAGAUGGAAUUGGCGCGGGCGUCCACGGACCAGACGCUCGACAAAACACUUGGCUUCGCGCAGGGCUGGCCGGCCAUGCAGGCCUUCUGUGGGACGGAGGACUCGUGGUCGCAUGCCCAGGUGCGAGGCUGGACGGCGCUGGUCAAGAAGUAUCUCCGCAGCGGGUCGGCACUGCCGCAUUCCCUGCCAGACACAGCCGUGCUGAGGCUCAUCUGCCAGGAGGAAGCCAAUUCCUUUGGCUUAUAUCCGCGCGAGACGGGGCUGUUCCCCGUGCCGGCCGAUGCCCUCGACCGGGGCGAGCAGUUUGGCGCGGCGGUGUAUCCUUGUGCGGCCAUUGCGAAUCAUUCCUGCGCGCCCAAUAUGACGCAUAAGCCCGAUCAACACGGUCGUAUGGUCUUCACUGCGGGCAGGGACAUUGCCGCGGGCGAAGAAUGUUGUAUCUCCUAUUUCGAUUUGACCCAGUUCACAGACCUCCAGACGAGACGCGACCGUUUACAGACGCUCUUUCGAUUUAUCUGUCGGUGUCCGCGGUGCGAGAGUGAGGAGCCUCCGGUCGAGGAGGCGGAAUGGAGCCAUAAUCUCGUAGGCUCUAACACUCCAUCGAGCACGAUGCAAGAACCCUCUCGUCCCGAGUCAGACCCGACCAAAAUUCCCCAUGCGGUGGUGGAAGAGGCCCCCGCGCUGUCGGCGGGGUCGCAGCAUCUGCACCGCAAGCUGCGAGGCAGAGAAGUGCAGCUUCUCGCGGUUGGUGGCGCCAUUGGGACGUCCUUGUUCGUGCAGAUGGGCGCGGUGCUGCCCAAAGGGGGACCGGCCGAACUGCUUCUAGGGUUUGUGGCAUAUGGCACGAUCAUCCUCGCAGUGAACCAAUGUUUCGCUGAAAUGGUGUGCUAUCUGCCCAUCUCAUCGCCCUUCGUGCAGCUGGCGGGUCACUGGGUCGACGAUGCCCUAGGCUUUGCCAUGGGAUGGAACUUCUUCCUCACGAUGGCGCUUGGGAUUCCGUACGAGAUUGUCGCCCUCAAUGUCCUCCUCACGUACUGGACUGAUCGCAUCCCCGUCGCCGCGGUCGUGGUGGUUGUUCUGAUCAUUUACGGUAUCCUUAACACUUUGACAGUGCGAUAUUUUGGAGUGGCGGAGUUCUACCUUUCAAUCUGCAAAAUCGUGCUAAUGGUGGGCUUAAUCUGCUACACCUUCGUUACAAUGGUUGGAGGAAAUCCUCACCACGAUGCCUACGGCUUCCGCUACUGGGAGGAUCCAGGGGCAUUCGUCUCCUACCUCGCCCCAGGCAACACCGGUCGCUUCUGUGGGGUCUUAGCCUGCAUGAUUCAAGCGUCAUUCACCAUGGUCGGACCCGAAUACAUCUCCAUGACGGCAGCCGAGGCGGAGCGGCCACGAGUCAUCAUGCGUCGGGCCUUUUCCUCCUUCGUGUGGCGUCUCAUGGUCUUCUUCCUCGCGGGGGCGCUGUGCAUGGGGAUCGUCCUCCCAUCUAACGACCCAACCCUCGCCGCCACCCUUGCCGGCACUCGCCCAGGGAGCGGCACGGGGGCAGCAUCCCCCUACGUAAUCUCCAUGAUGAACCUCUCCAUUCCGAUCCUCCCACACAUCGUCAACCUCCUCAUCCUCACCUCCGUCCUCUCCGCCGGCAAUAACCUCGUCUACUCCGCCUCCCGCACCCUCCACGCCCUCGCCCUCACCCACAAAGCCCCUGCCCUCCUCGCCCACUGCACCUCCCGCGGCCUCCCCAUCUACGCCAUCGCCCUGACCCUCGCCUUCAGCAGCCUCGCCUUCCUCCAGGUCCAGCACACCUCCGCCACCGUCCUGAACUGGCUCGUCAGCGUCAUCACCGCCAGUUACCUGCUCAACUACCUGGGGACGAGCAUCACCUACCUGCAUUUCUACACGGCGGUAAACGCGCAGGGGGUGGCGCGGGGGACGUUGCCGUACCGCGGAUGGUGGCAGCCGUGGGCGGGGUGGUUUGCGGUGGUUGGGACGGGGGUGAUGGUGUUGGUGUUGGGGUGGGAGGUGUUCAUGCCGGGACAGUGGAGCGUGCAGACGUUCGUGUUGGAUUAUGCGAUGAUCGCGGUGUUUGUGGUGCUCGGGGUGGGGUGGAAGCUGGUGACUGGGUCGAGGUGGGUGAGGCCGCGGGAGGCGGAUUUAGGGGUCGGGGGGUUGCGGAUGGAGGUGGAUGAAUAUGAGCGUGUGGCUGUGAGUGGGUUGGAGGUCUCACGGAGAAGAAGGGGUUGGUUUGAGUAA